GGAGCGUUGGUUCUUGGAGAUGGCUCGGAUGGGAGUGGGGUUCUUCUUGUUCUUGUCGAGGCUGAUAUUAAUUAUGAUACGGGUUUGAUAUGGUCGUGCAAGUCGUACGUCGUGAUAGAUGAGGUUGGAGGUCGGACGUGUAGAUGUUUGUGGAUGUUGGGAUACGAAAGGGAAAUGCAAAUCUUUUUCUCGAGGUGAUGAAGAAAAAGACUCGAGUGGUACCAAGAGUCAAACACCGGAACCAGCCAGCCAGCCAGCCAGAGGGAAUGGAGAAGGCGGGUCGGCGAAUCAACCGAUAUGUGUUGGUGUCUCCUGUUCAACCGGAGAUUCUUCUGGGUAGCAAUCACGCAGGGCGUCGCGACGUGCAGCGGAUGGGUUCCAGGUACAGGUACAGCAAGCGGGAACCUCAAUCCAUCCGACAGGCGGCUGGACGCGUGAGUAGGAGAUUUGGCACCAAACGUCUUUUCUUUCUUUCCCUUUCUGCAACCGUAUACGUGAGGCGGAUAGGUGAAAGGGUCAGCGAGAACAGGUUUCAACGGUGGAGAUGUGGACAUUUAUCUCGCACCCGUCAUGAGACCGACGGCCGGUGGGAGGAGUGUAUCGAUACAUAUGGGCGACGAGGUCGAGGGUCUGUCUGACGAUGGGUGGUGUCGGCCGGGGCCAGGACGGGCAGGAAUUCGCGCUCUCUGAGGUGCAGAGCAGAGCAGACCCUCCUCCGCCCAUGUUCGCCCACCGACCUGACCCGAUCCCAGGUGAGACACGGUGGACGACUUGUCCACCG